AUGCUACAAUAUUGAAGUUUCGCAUGAUUAGAUCCAGUUCGGCGCCGCGUGAUGCACCGUUGUCGGGCUCCAGUCCCUCUCGAUAUCACGCAGAAUGCGCAUCUCGUCCUCUGAUCGGAUCGAAAGUGACUGCAACUUCAUCGACAGUGGUAAUCAGUCGAGCAACAGCUGUUAUAGAGCAGCUACCUGAGAUGGAUCGCACGUCACAAGCUCAGACUCUGCUGAAUCUGAGUCAACUGCGAUUCGAAUCGAUCCCUCAAGUCCAUCAGCUCCUACCACUGAUGCCGAAUGCAUCUUGCCGUCAUGAUGAGUCUUCCGCCCUGUCAGGGCCAUUUCCAUUCAACUCUGCUCUUCUGCACAAUUUUGGUUCUCGUUUGUUGCUACAGCAGCAGCCAAUAAAUGCAGAACAAACAAUUCUCAACACUAACAAUUUCAAAGAGGAUGAGGGAGAAGAAGAAGAUGAAGACGAGGAUGACGACUUGGGCGUUAGCCGAAAGAGUGACGCAUCUGAUGACGGUGCAGAUCAUGACGGUGGUCCAGAUGGCAACGCAGGAUCGGUUGCUGCCAGGAAAUCACGCAACAGUAAUCAUCAAAUUAAUGGAGAUGGUGACGAAUGCACUGCAAACGAAACCAGCUCACAGAAGCAGCAGCAACAACAACAAGAGCAACUGCGUAAAAGUUCCUGUUAAAACAGCCAGAGAGAAGGAAGGUUUCAACUUCCCAAGAGGGCCGCCUGUUUCUGUAGAUUCUGUUGUACUCAACAGAUAG